CGCGCGACCACACCUACAUAGCUCACCCGGCUCACCUAAGGUCGCGCGAUUAGCCGGAGCGGCGGAGCUGCUAGCGCAUCUGCCACAGAGUCCCGCGAACACGAACGGAUGAGUGCGCUCGCUCCAUCGGCUUCCCGGCUCGUAUCCUGCUGGGCCUAUGUUCACGCUACUCGGCACACACUGCGAUCAAACGUAAGUAUAAUAAGACCGCCGCCAAGGAACGAGCGUAGGUCCAUCGCGUACGCCGUAGACACAGGACUCUCUCUCGCCUUUGCCUGACCCUGAGCCAGCCUUUGGUUGCUUGCCUGCUUGCCUGCUUGCUUCUGCGUGACGCGCACCCACCUAUCGAGAUACAAACUACUACCACCGUCAUCAUCUGUGUGAUUAGUGAUCCGUGAUUGAUCACCAUGCCGCUCACCCUCACCACCAUCCUCACCCUCGCCGUCUCCCUCUCCCUCUCCUUCACCCCUACCACCCUCGCACAAACCGCCUCAACCACAGCAGCAGCAGCAGCCACUACGACGACCAUCGCCAACGGCGUCCUCCCGUCCUCCGUCCCCGACUCCUGCCAGCGCUGCCUCGCCGCCGCCCUCGCCACCUCGUGCCCGGGCGACGUCCCCGCGCCGCGCUACAAGAGCGACUGCCUGUGCUCCGUCCGCGGGCCCGCCUGGAGCGCCGUCGCCGCCUGCCUCCGCGACGACGCCGUCCCGGCCACCGGGUGCCGCGGGCACGCCGCCGAGGUCGUGCGCGUCUACGCAGACCGCUGUGCCCAGUUCCAUCAGCCCUGGUGCGUCGUCGGCGCCGAUGACCCUGUCGGCAAAGUCGUCGUGAGUCUGGCGCCGGGAAUUGUUUGCACGGGGACCCGCAGCCCGACGAGCAUCCCCGGCUCUGCAACUCGGUCAGCGACCGCCACGGACACUGCCAGCAAUGCGUCCUCAACCGACAACGCCAGUACCGCCUCAGGGACCGUGACGUCUGCCUCGUCCGCCGCCUCGAUGACGCCUACGACAAGCCCCGUGACUAGUGGAGGCACCGGCACCAACACCGCGUCGACUUCCGCGCCUACGUCCACCGCCGGUGCCGCCCUCCUCUCACCACGCAUCGUCGACACGCAUCUCAUCGCCGCAAUCUUUGCUGCCAUUGCGGGCGUUAUGUAGGGGACUGGGGAGGGGGGGAGAAAUUACCCAGUGCGGAACCGUGACGGGAUGUCAAGAUGCUUUCAUGUAACCUGUGUCCAGGCUGUAUCCGUACAUGUCUUUUCGUAACUCAUCCAACUGCGCCUCCGCUACUAGUAUACAUGCAAAACACCGGCUGGCCGUGCGCUGGGCCCGAGCCAGAGGGUAUCUAUUGGCAAAACGAAAGGAAACAAAAAGUGC